CGGAAUUCUUCUCGCGUUUUACUUUGGUUUCUAGCGAUUUCUACUUGUACAGAGAGCUCUUUCGUUGAUUACGUCUUGCACAGGUCCUAUAAUAUGAAGUCUCUGACAGUUGCCGUCCUCGCAAUCUCGGUUAUCGUUCUGUUGUUACACGAUGUUGAUGCACGUGGACGAGGGGGAGGUGGUCGAGGAGGGUCUAGUCGUGGUNGCACUUCGCUUCCUAGCCGACUUAACAUUUCCUAGUUUGUAUUUCAGUUAGUUAAAGUUCAUAAUAUUUGUUUUUAUACUACUACAUGAGAAAUUACUGCAAUUUGAUUGGCUUAGAGCAGUGGUAUUUCAGCUUUAUUUGAAAUACCUACAUGUGAAAAUUACAAACCUUUUGUGGGUUUUAGUAUAAACAAAUAAUAAUAGCAUGAUUUGUACCGGAUAUUUGGCAUAAAUACUACUCGUGAUAUUUUAAAAUUGUCUCAAAUUUCACUCGCCUAACGGCUCUUGAAAUUACGUAUAACAAUUUUGAAAUAUCACUCGUGGUAUUUAUACCAAAUAUUACUACAAAUCAUGCUAUUACCUAUACUAAUUGAACUGACCAGGGAUCAUAAACAUUUUUAUUUGCACCCAAAUAGAUUUCUUUUCUUGUGAAAUCACUGAACCUAACCAUAACUGUCUCAAUUCAAAAUAAAUGGCCGUGGCUUUACUUUUUAACCACAAAAGAGCAAUAAAUUUUCCCAUUGGCGUAGAAAAAAGCGAAAGAACAUGGAAAGAUAGAAAGAGUUGUUUCGGUUUCAGCCAUGGCGAAACAACAGCUGCCAGAUCGGGAAUAUUAUUCUCAUCAGCUACGUAUAAAUUCAAAGUAUAGCUCAGGCUAAUCAGUUCAUAUGUGAGAAAAGCAUCGGAAUUCUUCUCGCGUUUUACUUUGGUUUCUAGCGAUUUCUACUUGUACAGAGAGCUCUUUCGUUGAUUACGUCUUGCACAGGUCCUAUAAUAUGAAGUCUCUGACAGUUGCCGUCCUCGCAAUCUCGGUUAUCGUUCUGUUGUUACACGAUGUUGAUGCACGUGGACGAGGGGGAGGUGGUCGAGGAGGGUCUAGUCGUGGUAGUAGUCGUGGCGGAUGGAGCAGCGGGAGCAAAGGCAGCCGAGGAAGCAGCAGAACUAGCUCAAGUCGCCGUGGUGGUUCGUCUUUAAAGCUGAAAAUUACCAAAACUACGCCAAUAAAGCCGGUGAAGUUUUGUACUCCAGUGAUCAAGUCUCAA